AUGGUUCCCCCUGUCCGUUCCCCUCGUGCGGCUGGGCCAGCGCCAGCGCCCGCAUCAGCAUCCACUACAUAUGGUAGUGUAAAGGAUCUUUUGGAGGACAUUGGAAAGUCUAUACAAAAACAAGCAAAGGAUGCCGCUGAAAAACGUAGUAAUGGUGAAUUGCAAGGAGAUUUGUCAAAAGCAAGAUUUAAAGAUCAGAAGAACACAACCACAAAUCCAUGCCAACUUAAUUAUAGAAAUCACAGUAAUGUUAGAAGUAGUUUUGAGAAUGAUAAUCCGUGUUAUGGUAGAGAAGAAAAACGUUUUUCUGACUCACGCAGUGGCCAAUGUACAUACAAUAGGAUAAAAGAUAGUAAGGAAGGUGAUAAUAAAGUAGGAGCAUGUGCUCCAUAUAGACGAUUGCAUAUAUGCGACCAUAAUUUGGAAAAUAUCAAUGAUUAUAAAAAUAUUAAUAAUCAUACAUUAUUGGUAGAUGUAUGUCUUUCAGCCAAACAUGAAGGAGAAAUGAUAGCAAACAAGCUUAAAGAAUAUGAUAAAUCUAAUUAUGAAUCACGAAUAUGUACUGUAUUGGCGCGAAGUUUUGCAGAUAUAGGUGAUAUUGUAAGAGGAAAAGAUCUUUAUUUGGGUGAUCAACAAGAAAAAUUGUAUUUAGAAAACAAUUUAAAAAAAAUUUUCGCGAAAAUCCAUGAAAAUUUGAAUGAUAAAAUAAAAUCAAACUAUAAUGAUUCCGAAGGAAAUUAUUUCAAAUUAAGAGAAGACUGGUGGACGGCUAACCGCGAUCAAGUAUGGAAAGCCAUCACAUGUAAUGCACCAAAGGAUGCUAAUUAUUUCGAAUAUAAUUCAGGUAAAUUUUUUAAAUUUUCAAAUGAUCAAUGCGGCCAUAAUAAUGGAGGUGCUCCUCCUACCAAUUUAGAUUACGUCCCUCAAUUUGUACGCUGGUUCGAGGAAUGGGCAGAUGAUUUUUGCCGAAUAAGAAAACAUAAGUUGAAAAAUAUUAAGGAUGUUUGUCGUAAUGAAUCAAAACCAUUAUAUUGUAGUCUUAAUGGAUAUGAUUGUACAAAAACUAGUUGGAAAAAUGAUUUUGAGUCUAGGGAACAUUAUUGUACCCCGUGUUUUUCUGCCUGUAGUCUCUAUAAAAUUUGGGUUGCCAACCAAAAAAAAGAAUUUGAAAAACAAAAAAAAAAAUAUGAAAAGGAAAUACCAAAAUAUGUAUCAAAGAAGGUGAAAACUAAUAGUACUAUUAAUAAUUACUAUUAUUAUGAUUUUUAUGAAAAACUUCAGAAAAAUGAAUAUGGUAAUAUUGAUGCAUUUUUAAAUUUACUAAAAGAAGGAAAGUAUUGUAAAGAAAACUUACCAGAAGAAGAGGUUAUUAAUUUUACUAAACAUGAUGAAAAAAAGACAUUUUCUCUUUCAAAUUAUUGCGUAGUAUGUCCGGACUGCGGGGUUGAAUAUAAGAAUGGAAGAUAUACAGCUAAAGAUCAAAAAUAUCCGGAUUGUAGAAAUGAAAAAUAUGAUCCUAAUAAUGCAGAAACCACUGACAUUACUGUCCUCUAUAGUGGUGAUGUUGGUGAUUUUUCUGAAAAAUUACAAGAUUUUUGUAAUGACAUAAAUAAUGGGAAAGUUAAAAACUAUCAAAUAUGGCAAUGCUAUUAUGAAAAUAGUGAGAUUAAUAAAUGUCAAAUGACACCAUCAUCACACAAAGUUCCAAAACAUGGUUACAUUAUGUCAUUUUUUGCUUUUUUUGAUUUGUGGGUUAAGAAUCUAUUAAUAGACACUAUAAAUUGGAAAAACGAACUUACAAAUUGUAUAAAUAAUACUAAUGUCACGGAUUGUAAAAAUGAUUGUAACACAAAUUGUAAAUGUUUUGAAAAUUGGGCUAAAACAAAAGAAAAAGAAUGGGAAAAUGUGAAGACGAUAUACAAAAAUGAAAACAGAAACACGAACAAUUAUUAUAAAAAACUUAAUGAUCUUUUUAAAGGCUAUUUUUUUCAUGUUAUGUAUGAGCUUAACAAUGAAGAAGCAAAAUGGAAUAAACUUAUGAAAAAUUUAAGAACAAAAAUUGAUUCUUCCAGAAAAAAUGCAGGUAACGAAGAUUCAGAAGGCGCAAUAAAAGUGUUGUUCGAUCACUUAAAAGAUAUAGCUGAAAGAUGCAUAGACAAUAAUUCAAUCAAACCAUGUAACUCUCACCCGAAACCCACACCAAACCCCUGUGGAAAAAACAAUAAUGGUGGCAAACUUGUGAGAGUGAAAAGACCAGCCGAAUUGAAGCAACAAAAGGCACACAUACAAUUGGAGAAACGUGGCGGCGAAAGUAAUUUGAAGGGGGAUGCAACAAGAGGGACGUAUAACCUUGGAUGUCAAGGAGACCAAUUGGAUGCCACAUUUUGUAACAUAGAUGAAAAAUAUUCCAAUCGUAUUCCUCGUAAAUCAGAAGGACCAUGUUAUGGAAAAAAUCCACAGAGAUUCUAUACAGGAAAGGAUUGGACACAUGUUGUACAAGAAAAAACGUCAUACAAAGACGUCUUUUUACCUCCCCGACGCGAACACAUGUGUACAUCAAAUUUGGAGAAUUUGAACCUGAAUAGCAAAGGACUUAGUAAUAGUAGUAUUGCGAGCAAUUCAUUACUAGGUGAUGUAUUGCUCGCAGCAAAGUAUGAAGCAGAUGACAUAGUAAAAAAAAAUGAUAGUGAUAAAUCAUCAAUUUGUAAUGCUAUGAAAUAUAGUUUUGCAGAUAUUGGUGAUAUAAUACGAGGAAAAGACAUGUGGGAUCUAGACAGUGGCUCAAAAGACAUGGAAAAACAUUUGAUAUCCAUAUUUGAAAAAAUUAAAGAAAACCUUGAUGUCAUCAAAUAUAACUCCAAAUAUAAGGAUACUCAAAAAUUUUUAGAUUUACGUUCCGACUGGUGGGAAGCUAAUAGACAUCAAGUUUGGAGAGCUAUGAAAUGUGCAAUAGAAAAUGACAAAGAUAUGAAAUGUAAUGGUAUCCCAAUAGAAGAUUACAUACCCCAAAGGCUUCGAUGGAUGACCGAAUGGGCCGAAUGGUACUGUAAGGCGCAAAAAAAGGAGUAUGACGAGUUGGUGAAGGGAUGUAAGGGGUGUAUGGGUAAUGGUCAAGGUUGUACGAAAGAUAGUAGUGAUGGUGAAUGUAAGAAGUGCACAGAAGCUUGUAAUACAUAUAAACAAAAAAUAAAAACAUGGGAAAAUCAAUGGAAAAAAAUAAAAGGAAAAUACGAAAAAUUAUACGAACAAGCAACAAAAAAUGGUGAAACUAGUGGUACUCCUAAUGAGAAAGACAAAGAUGUUGUUGAUUUCUUGAAACAAUUACUACCACGAAAUAGUGCUGCCGCACGUAAUCGUGUUAUACGUGCUGCUGGUAGUAGUGCCCCUGGUGUCACCGCCCUCACCCCGAUCACCCUCUACAGUUCCGCCGCAGGCUAUAUCCACCAGGAAUUGGGGAAGACCGUGGGAUGUAACACGCAGAAGGAGUUUUGUAAGAACGGUAGUGGUGAGAAGUAUGCGUUUAAACAUCCGCCAAAGGAGUAUAAAGAUGCGUGUAGUUGUAAUACUAGAGACAAGAAGUCGGAAGCACCAGUAACAAAAAAAGAAGAGGCGUGCAAAAUAGUGGAUGGAAUACUUAAAGGAAAUGAUGGAAUCAAUGAAAUAAGUGGAUGUAAUCCAAAAGAGAGUUAUCCUGAAUGGCAAUGCGACAAAAGUAAGUUUAAAAAUGGAGAAGAAGGUGCUUGUAUGCCACCUAGAAGACAAAAAUUAUGUGUAAGUGGUUUAACACAAGGAGGUAAAAUAACAACAAUAGAAGAUAUAAGAACACAGUUUAUUACAUGUGCAGCUAUAGAAACACAUUUUGCUUGGCACAAAUAUAAAAAGGAUAAUGUUAAUGCUGAACGUGAAUUAAACAGUGGAAUAAUUCCUCAUGAAUUUAAAAGACAAAUGUAUUAUACAUUUGGUGAUUAUAGAGAUAUAUUUUUUGGAACAGAUAUUUCUACACAUAACCAUAUUCCAGAGGUAUCGCAAAAAGUAAUAACCAUUUUAGAAAAGGAAAAUCUUACAAAAUCCGAAGUCAAACAAAAAUACAAGAACGAAUUGCUUGACGACUGGUGGAAUGAACAUGGAAAGGAGAUAUGGGAUGGAAUGGUAUGUGCUUUAUGUUAUGAUACAAAAACAAAAGAGUUUAAAAAUGAAGUUCGCACACAACUUACCGGCCCCAACAGCAAAUACCAAUACGGCACAGUUUCAUUUGGUGAUAAACAAAAUACCAUCUUGUCCAAAUUUGCAGAAAGACCCCCGUUUUUACGAUGGUUUAUUGAAUGGGGAGAAGAGUUUUGUAAAAAACGGAAAGAACAGGUGGAUCAAUUGGUGAAUGUUUGUAAAGAGUGUAAUGUUAGUGAUAGUGUUAUCAGUAGUGGUAAUAAAACAUGUAAUGAUAAGGAGAAAUGUGACGCGUGCAAAAAAGAAUGCACACAAUAUGAAAAUUGGCUUCAAACGUGGAAAGGACAUUAUAAUAAACAAAAAGAAAGAUAUGCUAAGGUUAAAUCAACAUCUCCAUAUAACAAUGAUAACGAUGUGAACAAAUCCACACAUGCCUAUGAAUAUUUGAGCAAAAAAUUAACAAAUAUUCCAUGUACAAAUGGAAAUACUACUGGAAAAUGUGAUUAUAAGUGUAUGGAUCAACGCACGUCCACUGAUGGUAUGCCCGCAUCAUUAGAAUAUCCACCUAAAGAAAUUAAUGGGAAGUGCGAUUGUACAAAGGCUUUACCACCACAAGAACCACCAUCAACACCCGAAAGUCGUGGCCGCUCCCUAAACCCACCACCCGACAGCCCACAACCACCACGUGGCCCCGAAGAGCAGGAGGAAUCCGCCUCAUACUCAGAAGAAGAAGAAGAGGAAGAGGAGGAGGAAGAGGAAAACGACGAGGAAAACGACGGCGACGAGGAGGAGGUGAAAACAGAAGACGGCGGCAGUGACGACGAAGAUGAAGAUGAGGAAGACGACGAAGAGGAAGAAGAAAACGAAGUCGACGUGGACGAACCACAACAAGAGGAGGUGGAGGAACCACCGGCAAAGGAGUCGGCACCAACAACACAAGAACCGGCGGUACCAGAGGUAAAAAAACAGGAAGUAAAGGUGUGCGACAUAGUGUCCAAAAUACUUACUAAAGACGCUCUUCAAGAUGCAUGUAAAUUAAAAUAUAACGGAAAAUAUUAUGGAUGGAAAUGCAUAAGUGGUGCCACCACCGGUGGUUUGUGUAUCCCACCCAGGAGGCGAAAACUAUAUGUCACACCACUAACGAAGUGGGCAACUACCGCGGUGUCGAGUGAAGCCACUCCGGCGCCGUCACAGUCAGAAAGUGACAAACUGCGUGAGGCAUUUAUUCAAUCUGCGGCAAUAGAGACUUUUUUCUUAUGGCAUAAGUAUAAACAAGAGAAAAAACCACCAUCAGAACAAAAUGCAGGAGCAGCACUUGUAUUACUGCAGGGGGUAACACCACAGGAGGAUCCCCAAAACAAAUUAAAAAGUGGUACCAUCCCUGAGGAAUUUAAACGACAAAUGUUCUAUACACUAGGGGAUUAUGCAGAUAUAUUUUUUGGGAAAAAUGAUAUCCUAAUUGGAAAAACAGGUACUGGUAGUGCAAAAGAUGAAAUGGCUGAUAAAGAAAGUAAAAUAAAAGAAGCUAUAAAAAAGUUUUUUCAAAAUGGUGAUUCCCAACCUCUUAGUGGAAAACCUGUCACCCAAUCUAGUGAUAAACGUACAGCCUUGUGGGGCGACUUCGCGCAGGAUAUUUGGCAUGGAAUGAUUUGUGCUUUAACCUAUACAGAUAGUGGCGAAAAAGGCGAACUACCAAAAGAGGAUGACAAAGUGAAAGAUAAACUUUGGGAUGACACCAAGAAACAACCCAAAAAAGAAGAAUACCAAUACGACAAAGUAAAACUCGACGAAAAUAGUGGUGAUGGCCCCAAAACCUCCCAACCCCCCUCAGCCCCUAGUGAUACCCCCACCACCCUUGACUCCUUCAUCAAGCGACCCCCUUAUUUCCGUUACCUUGAAGAAUGGGGUCAAAAUUUUUGUAAAAAAAGAACAGAGAUGUUGGGGAAGAUAAAGGGGGACUGUCGUGUAGAAGAUGGUUCAAAAAACUGUAGCGGUUAUGGUGAGGAUUGUGACGAUCAGCUUGGUGAGGAUCCUAGUACUGUUCCAUCUUUAAAAUGUCAGAGUUGUGGAGAAGAAUGUAGAAAAUAUAAAAAAUGGAUAGAAAGAAAAAAAGACGAAUUUACUAAACAUUCAAAUGCAUAUGGUGACCAAAAAGCAAAAUGCCAAGCGAAAAGUGGGGGUGGUGGUAAUGGAUUUUGUGGAACACUAGAAAGGUGCUCUAAAGCUGCAGAAUUUUUAAAAACGUUAGGAUCAUGUAAAACUAAUAAUGGAAAUGAGAGUGUAGAGGCUAAUAAAACGAUUUUUGAUAAUAUCGGUGAAACAUUUAAACCUGCAACAAAUUGUAAACCUUGUUCUCAAUUUAAAAUAUAUUGUAAAAAUUGUAAGAGUAGUGGUGAUGAUACAAACGUGGGGUGCAAUUGCAAAGAGAAUGGAAAUGGUUAUAUUACUUCAGAUCAUAUUAAAAAUGAAGACAAUUUUACUGACCCAGUAGAUAUGCUUGUGAGUGAUGACAAUACAAAUGGAAAUAAAUUUGCAGAUUUACAGGCUUGUGGAGGUGCCGGUAUAUUUAAAGGUAUUAGAAAAGACCAAUGGAAAUGUCGUAAUGUAUGUGGUUAUGUUGUAUGUAAAUCGGAAAAGGGUAAUGGGGAAACCGUCAGAGGGGAAAAAAAUGAUGUUAAACACAUUAUAACAAUUAGAGCUUUGGUUACACAUUGGGUAGAAUAUUUUUUAGACGAUUAUAAUAAAAUUAACAAAAAAUUAAACCGAUGUAUGAAAGAUGGUGAAGGAUACCAAUGUAUAAAGGAUUGCGUAGAAAAAUGGAUACAGAACAAAAGAGAAGAAUGGAAAAAAAUAAAGGAACUUUACCUUCAAGAAUAUAAAAAUAAUAAUCAACCUGAUUACCUAGUGAAAAUUAUUUUGGAGGAAUUGCAUCCCCAAACUCAACUUAACGAAGCUAUAAAACCUUGUAAAACUUUUGACGAUUUCAAGAGUUUUUGUGGUCUUAAUGGCGCUGAGAGCUCAAAAAAGAGUAAAAAUAGUAAUGAUAACGACCUUGUUCUAUGUAUGCUUAAUAAACUUGAAAAAAAAAUUGACGAAUGCAAACAGAAACACCAAGCUAGUGGCAAAAACACAGCACAGUGUCAAGAAUACCCCCCCUUACCUGACGAAGAGUAUGAAAAUGAAGAGGAAAAUGAUAAAAAAGUGGAACCUCCAACAUUUUGUGAAAUAAAGGAUACACCAGAACCAGCGGAUGAAGACGCUUGUAAAGCAGCACCAAAAGAAACGGCACCAUCUAGUGAGGAAAACCAACCCGAAACCCCUGUGAUCAAACCCGAAGAAGAAGCGCCGGCACCAGAGGAACCUCCACCCGCGCCUCCACCAUUAGCCCCUUCUGACGAAUCCAUCCUACAUACUACCAUCCCUUUUGGAGUGGCGUUAGCAUUAGGAUCCAUUGCUUUUUUAUUUUUGAAGAAAAAAACCAAAUCUACUAUUGAUCUUUUGCGUGUCAUUAAUAUCCCCAAAAGUGAUUAUAAUAUACCGACAAAACUUUCACCCAAUAGAUAUAUACCUUAUACUAGUGGUAAAUACAGAGGCAAACGGUACAUUUAUAUAGAAGGAGAUAGUGGAACUGAUAGUGGUUACACCGAUCAUUAUAGUGAUAUUACUUCUUCCUCCGAAAGUGAGUAUGAAGAAUUGGAUAUUAAUGAUAUAUAUGUACCAGGUACUCCUAAAUAUAAAACAUUGAUAGAAGUGGUACUAGAACCUAGUGGUAACAACACAACAGCUAGUGGUAAAAACACACCUAGUGAUACACAAAAUGAUAUACAAAAUGAUGGUAUACCUAGUAGUAAAAUUACAGAUAAUGAGUGGAAUACAUUGAAAGAUGAAUUUAUAUCACAAUAUCUACAAAGUGAACAACCAAAGGAUGUACCAAAUGAUUAUAAAAGUGGUGAUAUUCCAUUCAAUACACAACCGAAUACUUUAUAUUUUGAUAAACCUGAAGAAAAACCUUUUAUUACUUCUAUUCAUGAUAGAAAUUUAUAUAGUGGAGAAGAACAUAGUUAUAAUGUUAAUAUGGUUAAUAGUAUGGAUGAUAUUCCAAUUAAUAGUCAUAAUAAUGUAUACAGUGGUAUAGAUUUAAUUAAUGACACAUUAAGUGGUAAUCAACAUAUUGACAUAUAUGAUGAAUUAUUAAAAAGAAAAGAAAACGAAUUAUUUGGGACAAAUCAUGUGAAACAAACAAGUAUACAUAGUGUUGCCAAACCUAUAAGUGACGACCCCAUCCACAACCAACUGGAACUAUUCCAUAAAUGGCUAGAUAGACAUAGAGAUAUGUGCGAAAAGUGGGAAAAUCAUCACGAACGAUUAGCCAAAUUGAAAGAAGAGUGGGAAAAUGAUACAUCAACUAGUGGUAACACUCACCCUAGUGAUAGUAACAAAACGUUAAAUACUGAUGUUUCUAUACAGAUAGAUAUGGAUAAUCCCAAAACUACAAAUGAGUUUACAUAUGUGGAUAGUAACCCCAACCAAGUGGAUGACACCUACGUGGAUAGUAACCCUGACAAUUCUUCCAUGGAUACUAUCUUGGAAGAUCUGGAAAAAUAUAAAGAACCUUAUUAUGAUGUGCAAGAUGAUAUUUAUUAUGAUGUACAUGAUCAUGAUACAUCAACUGUGGAUACUAAUGCUAUGGAUGUACCCAGUAAAGUACAAAUUGAAAUGGAUAUAAAUACUAAAUUAGUGAAAGAGAAAUAUCCUAUAGGAGAUGUGUGGGAUAUAUAA